GUACCGGUUCGUAAAACAAAACAAAACAAAACAAUUACAAAUUGUGAGUUAAAAAAGCCGAAUAAUCUUUUAGCACAAUAGGACUGACAGAUCUUUAUAAAAACAAUACCUGGUGCAUGAACUCAGUUUUUAUAAAUAGCCAGUUACUAAUUUCUAUUUCGACCUCUUUCAAAACGAACUACAAACAUCAGGUGAAAGAGAAUCGACAUACAAAGCGGAAUCGGACAAAAACAAACCCCACUUGGCUGAACAUUCGCAAAUAACGUAGAGACGUUCCUGCCUACGCGCUUCGAAAACUUGAGAGACUGAGUGACAGAGAGUCUGAGGAGGAGUCUACCAGCUCCCCGUAAGGCAUUCCCAGAUCCACAUCCUCGCCAGGUGAGAUGGGCAAGCGCCUUCAACUGGAACGCCCGCCCACGGACCGCAGUGCUCGCAAGCGCAAGCGGUCGGCUAUAAAGGCCGCUGAAAAGUGCCAGCGUCUAAGCGGUGGCUCGAACAGCGCCAACGGCUUCGACUUUCACGAGAAUGAUGACGAGGAGUCCUCAUCCUCGUCGGGCUCUGUAGGUUGCGGUAACGGUACCACCAGCAUGGAUGUGGUUGUCACCCCUACCCUGCUGCACACACCACAGGCACGCAGUCUGCUUCUUACCGGCGCCAGUUUUGCUAGCGACCAGAACAACUCGAGCGCGACGGAGUCACCACGUCCAGUUUACACGCUUCGGCCUUCAGUGGUCAAUGGCACCAUCAUGCGGGAUUUGCUCUCAAAGGCCUGGCGCUUGGGACGACCCAUAGGCAAAGGCAACUUUGGCGAAAUCUUCUUGGCCUCAGACGACACAGUCUGCCCGGCUAGUUCGGAUAGCGCCAAGUAUGUAGUCAAAAUCGAGCCGCACUCCAAUGGACCGCUUUUCGUAGAGAUUCACUGUUUGAUCAACACCUCCCGAACGAAGGAAAUAUCCGACGGCGCGGAGGAAGCUGUCGCCAACCUACCGGCUCAACAGAAUCAUGGCCUUAGCCAGGGUCCGCCUUCCGGGAUACCCAGCUACAUUGCAUCGGGUACUCACUUCUUUGGAGAUGCCCGCUAUCGCUUUCUGGUGCUGCCCCGCUUCGAUCGCGAUCUGCACUCGCUGACCAAGAACUCGAGGGUGCACCAAAAGUCUCUGUUAGUGCUUGCCAUACACAUCCUCAAUGUUCUGGAGAAUCUGCACGAUAAGGGCUACUGCCACAACGAUAUCAAGGCCCAGAAUCUGAUGAUUUCCAAGUGCAAGUACCUCAAGAGACAGGCGAUUCACCUGGGUGCUGCAAAGAGCAAGGGUAACGGCUACGAUCAGCACUACGAGGAGAAGCAGCAGACCACAGACAGUGGCAACAGCUCGGAGCAGGAGACCAAUGACGACGAGUACUUUCUGAAGAGCGAGAAGUUUGCCUUGAAGAGGAUAGCAGAUAUUGAUCAGGACGAUGACGAGGACGAGGACUUCGAUGACGGUGCCACAUCGAACAGCAACAACAGCAAUAGCCUAGAUAACUACCACACGCCGGUGAACAAGAAGCGACGCGGACGCAAUCCGGUCGAGUUCAGUGGCUCGAAUCCAGUGCGCUCUUGCCGUCGCGACAAGCGGAACUCCAUGUACGAAGAGAUGGUCAAGUCGCACUACCUGCGGCCCACCAAGCGCAUCAGCUACCGCGAGGAGUUUAACGAGGAGGGUUAUCCCAUAAAGCCAAGUGAGCAAAACAGUGAUGAUGAAUCGCGGGAGUCGUCUGACAAUGAGUCGGAAGAGUUCCUUCCGCCCUCAUUGAUACAAGCUCGUCGUUCAACCGUCAAGAAAGGCAGAGGCGCUCAGGCUUCGAGUCCCAAAAAGUUUUCGGUGUCAACGCGGUCCACCCGGCAUCAGGAGAAGCAAAAGAAGGAGUCCAGCGGCGACCACAAAACACGCGGCAGCCGGGUAAGCAACCCCACAGAAUACCAGUUCAUGCCAGUCGAGGAGGAGCAUGUAUUCCUCAUCGACUUUGGGCUGGCGUCAAAGUACCAAGAUAGAGGUGUCCAUCGCCCCUUUAUAAUGGAUCAGCGACGGGCGCACGAUGGCACGCUGGAAUUUACGUCGCGUGAUGCUCACCUGGGAGCCCAUUCGCGACGCAGCGAUUUAGAGUGCCUAGGCUACAACCUGGUGUAUUGGUCGGAAGGCUACCUGCCUUGGAAGGAUGUGGCCCUGCAGCAGCAGCAGGAGAAGGUACACCGGGCCAAAGAGCUGUUCAUGACGGACGUGCCGGAGAUGCUGCGCCAGUUCUACGGCAAGCAAGUUCCUAAGUAUCUGGGCGAGUUCCUUCAGCAGAUCGGUCAGCUUGCCUAUCAGGAGCGACCCAACUAUGAUCGAUACCGCAAGAUAUUCGUGCGCGAGUUCCAGCGCCUCGGAUUUGAUCCAAGCCAAUUGCGUCUGAGCAGCGAGGAGAUCCAGCGCACUUGUGUCUCUAUCAAGGACGAGGUGGAUGGCAACAAGUGCGACAUCUUCGAACUGAACAACAAAUUACCCAUGAAUGUGAUGCGCAACUCAGCGCUGAGCACUCCGUUCCAGGAGCACUCGCUCACAAAUCGCGUCUCGCCUAAGAACCUGCGUUCCAAGUCCAACAAGAAAGCUGUUAAAAAGAAGUUCUCCUGGGCGGAGGUGCUAUCCCAGGACCCAGAUCAAAUCGCGCGGGAACGGGCCGUCAAAGAGUUUGAGCGGGAGGAGUCCAUCUGUCCCUUGCAAUCGCGACUUCCUAGACGUUAUGAGGGCAAGCCAACCUACGCCAUACUGGCCGUGGAGCAGAGUCGCCGGGACAAAGGUUUGGUCGUUCAGGAGCAUCAUCAAAAUGGAGACGAGGAUGAAGACGAGGAUGAUGAAGAUGAGGAAGAGGAGGAAAAUCAGGAGACACAUGGUGAUGACCAAGAGGAAGAAGAGGAGGAGGAUGAGAAAGAGGAAGAGGAAGAAGAAGAAGAGGAGGCUACAGUUAGCGUAGAUAAUGAGGACGAAACCGAUGGUGCGAGAGUGUCAGAGAGUGACGGCUCUAACCAUUUCGAGAAAGCUAAGCGUGGCCGCCCCAAGGGCAAGGCCCGUAAGCAAAACCAAACGCAAUAUCAGCCGCCUGUAAAAAACAAUCGCGUUGGGAGGCCACCCAAGAAUUCAAAUGCCGUGAGAUUAGCCACCACCGGGGCUGCUGUGAGCAAGAACCGUUCAGCACCGCUGUCAGCCGUGGCCAGUAACAAACGUGGCUGCGCCACACGCAAGGAGAACGGCACCGUCCGUGCCUCCGCCACCGGCGAGGGAGAGCGGAAACUGAAGUCGAGUCGGUCGACGGAGAAUUUAGAGCAACAACAACAACGUAAGAAGCGGCAGACUACGCGCCGCUGUCUAUAUAAGACUGAAUCGCAUCUCGGCGGCGGGCACGAUGUGGAGAACAAUGCGAGCCUGCUGGAAGUGCAGAACCUGUACGGCGAAUAUGUUGAUGAAAAUAAAUAUGGUAAGGGGCGCAAUGUCCACUCGUCCAGGCAUUGUCGCAAGUGAUGGCCAGAAGAAGAUGACAGUUAGGAAUAGGAACUAGUGACGAUCGAAGCAGAAGAAGAGACAGACGAAGGACAACAGAACAGAACAGAAAAGCUGAACAGAAGCAACCUAAAUUCGUUUUCAAGUAUUUUUAGUGAUAAUUAAGUUACAAGAACGGAACCUACUUAUACGCAUGUAUACUUCCGGAUAUGUUGGGCAGGAGAUUCGUGGACACGAUCCACAUGAGUGAGAACUACGUCAUGAUGGGUAGUUUUCGGUUUUUAUAUAAAAUAACAAGUUAA